AUGCCGAUUGCAAUGUUCCUCUUGCCGACGAACACCAACAGUAACGUGUAUUUGGGGGAAUGGUACCAGAAAGAGGCCGAUCUAAAUCGGCAACUGGUGGUAAGCUUCUUUCCCAGCGAUAAUUCGGUAGAGUUGGUGGAUUUGAAAACGCGAAAAACCUUCCUACGACGCACUAAAGUCGAAGAGUUGAGCGAGAAUGAUUUCUUCAUCGGUGCGAAACUGCUGAUCUUUGGCAAACAGAUCCACAUUCUGGACUAUGGAGAUGCGAAAACGAGAAACAAGAAAUCGGACGAACAGCUUUCUUUCGGAUUGAUCAAAGCGGAAGCAUUGCUACAUAUUGGCGAAAUCCUGACAAAAAUACACAAGGCAGGAUUGGGUGUCCGUCGGCUGGCAAUGUUGAAAAUAGAUGAAAACUAUUCAUCCAUGCUGAAAACUGUCCGUUCUGAGGCUUCUAGCUUAAACUAUCUUAUGGAUUGUAUGCCAAGCCAGUCAUUUGUUGCCCUGGAGAUCAUUGGAAACAAUGCGUACAAUCAGUACCGAGAGUUGUGUGGGCCCGAAUCAAUUUCCGAAGCAAAACAGUGUGCCCCAAACAGCUUCCGUGGUUUAUACGGAAGUGACGUUUACUGCUCACGAUCAGCGGAAGAAGCGGCUAACGAAUCUCGCUUCAUAUUUUUGAACAACGACAUAAAACUUGUACUUCGCUCUUCGGCCUUAUACACGAACAGUACGCUGUGCAUCAUCAAACCACACGCGGUGCGCGAGGGGAAAGCUGGAGAAAUUAUAACGGAAAUAUUGCGUAAAAAAUUCACCGUCACUGCCAUUAAGAUGCUUCGUUUCGAGCGGCCCAACUGUGAAGAGUUUCUUGAAGUGUACAAAGGUGUCGUCCCAGAAUAUGAGUCUAUGGUGAUGCAAAUGAUCAGUGGUGACUGCAUGGCACUAGAAAUUACGAACAAAUACGAUGACACCCGUAGUACCUACCAAAGUUUCCGGGAUUUUUGUGGACCUAUCUGUCCGGAAGUAGCGAAGCUUACCAGACCGCAAACGUUGCGUGCUACGUUGGGGAAAAACAAGGUGAUGAAUGCCGUACACUGUACUGAUUUGGAGGAAGACACAUCCCUCGAACUGGAAUAUAUUUUUAAAUUUCUAAAUUAA